AUGAGUAUUAAUGCCCCAUGGGACGUACGGGGUCGCCUCCGGGGCUGCCCGGAGCAGGCCCGGGACCGGUUCCGGGGCGGCCCUCGGCGGGCGGGCGGUCCCGGGGCGGUGUUUUGCGUCACUGCCGCUUCCUCGGCGGGCGAUUCGAAGGCGAUGUCGGGGCCCGGGGUCGCUGCCGCUCCCUCGGCGGGCGGGCGGGACACCACGCCGCUGUACCCGGAGCUGGAGCGCUCGCUGUCGCUGCUGGAGCCGGGCAGCGGCCGGGCCGAGCAGCAGCGAGAGCGGCGGGCGGGCGCAGCCCCCAUGCCCAUGGUGUUCAUGUGCGGCGGCUGCCGGCGGCCCGUGGGCGACACCUCGAGCUGGGCGUUCAAUGACGAGGAGAGCGGCUGCAUCCUGCUGCACAGUGCAGCCGCCAGCGUCGCUGUGGACCCGGAGCGGAAGGUCUCCAAGCUCCCCGGCGAGUGCGGAUGCAUGGUAGAAACCUUAUUCUGCUCUGGCUGCUCAAGGACACUUGGCAGCAUCUACAGGUGUACCUCAAGGCAUCUCGACUACAAGAGAGAUUUGUUCUGUUUCAGCGUUGACUCUCUUGAAAGCUAUAUUCUAGGAACCCCGGAAAAGCAAGCUGUUAUUCCUGAGGAACCACUUACUCUUGAAAGUCGAGCUGUCUUGCAAGACAUGCUGCAAAGGGUAGAUCUGAUACUCAAAGCUCUGGAGACAAGAUUGAGCACUAUUGAGUCACGUGUGGCUGCUCUGCACAGGCAGGUCUGACAGGAAAUGCUUGUUGAACUGCAGGAGAAUGGCCAAGAUUCUACCUGCUGAAAGGCUGAGGUGAGAGCAGGAUCUGUAAAAUCUCUGACUGUCUGUUUCUCCCUGAGGCUGAAGCCAUGUUUGCUGUCAAUGAUUACACAGUCAAAGAUGCUAAAGACUGAAAAAUUUGGGUUUUUUUUCCUUGAAACCCGAGACUCUCUCUGCAGCUGUGCCCUGUAUAUCUCUUAAAAGAGUUCCUGGGUUUAGAAAGGUUUUUACA